GAAUUGUAUACUUUGACUGAAUAAAUGAAUCAUUGAAUGAGAAGAGCAUAGCCAACAUAUAGUGAAAAUUAAUGAAUAUUUUGGGGUUGAAUAGUGCAGGACAUCUUCCAUAUAUAGAGAGAUAACAACUCAUUGGACUGGUCUGACUGUUGUUCACAUCUUUAUAUUGGAAUGAUGAAUUUUUCGACAGGAUUUCAAAUGCCCUCCCAAGCUCCAUCACUGUUUCUGAUGAAUGCUAAUUAUGCUAAACCCAUCAACGAACAGCAGAAUGUUUACUUUAACAAUGCGAAUCCUGUUCAGAUUGUUGGAACUCCUUAUCCAGUUGUUUACAACUUCAUUCCUCAGAUUGCUGUACAACCUGUACUGACCAAUACUGGUUCUCUGAACCAAGUCCAAGGCAAUCAAGGAACAUUUUUUAUGCAGGCACCAUUAUUACAAGGACAACAAGUGAUACAAACUGUAAACGGUUUUAAUAACAACUUAAUCCAGACAAAACAGGAGCCAUUGAUACAGACGAACGCUGGGCAGACAGAGGCCAUGACAAAUGGUACUGCUUGCCAACCACUAUCAGUCUCAUCACAAACAUCAACAGUGCCAAAUUCAACCAAUUCUGAAGUGGUCAAUCAGUCAGAGGGCACAGCCUGUAAACCUGCUUUCCAAAUUCACCAAAAUUCACUCUCUGUAUCAUCUCAGACUUUUGCAGCACCAAUUUCAACUAACUCUGGAUCUGUCAGUCAGGCAAACCAUUCUCAGUCAAGGGGCACAAUCUGUAGCCCUGCUUUCCAAGUUCAGAUGAAUUCGCUGUCAGUAUUAUGUCAGACCUCCACAGCACCGAUUUCAACAAAUUCUGUAUCGGUCAAACAAGCAGAUUUUUCUCAGUCAAAUAGUGCUAGUUGUAGUCCGACUUGCCAAGUUCAGGUGAAUUCAGUACCAGUUUUAUCCCAGAAUUCCACAACAUCAGUUCCAUCCAAUUUUGACUCCAACAAUAAAGUAUCUGACAAGACAUUGUGUGAAGAUAAGACAAAUAAUGAAAUGCAGCAACCCAAAACAUCAUGUGAGAAAAAUGCAGACAGCAUGCAGCAGCCAAAGAAAUUCAAGUCAAGUAUGCCAAGUCAAAAGCACCGUCCAUUCACAAGUUUUAAAUUAGUUUUAGAUGGUGAUACAGUGGCUGCUGUGUCCUCAUCCUUGUGCAAAGCCACACCUUUAGAAGAGAGUGAAAAUGAGGACAGUUUACCUGGUGGUAGUUCUCAAGAAAAGGAAAAUGAGGAAAAUGAGACUCAGAGAGCAGAUAAUGAAGACUUCAAUGAACAGUCUAGAGAAUCUUAUUCAACAUAUGAAAAUGAUACCAAUGAUUCAGAGGAUUUGGAAUGCGUAGGAGAUAACAACUCAAAUGACUUUGAUGAAGAACAGUUGAAAGAUAAUGAAAAGAUUAGGGUUAAGUUCAAGGAGAAGGAUUUAUUGCAGAAUGGACAGAAAAGCAAAAAGAAAUGCAAUCUGUGUGGAAAUUAUGUUGUAAAGUUGGAUUUACAUUUUGAAAGAUACCAUGGUACUCCGUCCAAGUGUAAAUAUUGUGGAAAGAUGUUUGAAGAUGUGUGGGAAACAAAAAAGCAUAUGCAAAAGGAGCAUUUAGAACAAUUGAAGAAAGAAUUCACUUGUAAUAUUUGUAACAAAACAUUUUCCCAAAAACAAGAGCUGAGAAACCAUAAAUUAGCAGCUCAUGGAAGUAAAAGAAAAUUCACUUGUGAGGAAUGUGGAAGACACUUCAAUCAUUUAUCAACCCUGGAAGGUCAUCGGAAAGUUCACACUGGAGUUGACAGAAGCUAUGUAUGUGAAAUAUGCGGUAAACGUUUCCCUCGCCGAAACACAAUGAGACAUGCAAGAAUGCAUAGCCAGACAAGGGAAUUCAAGUGCCCUUCAUGUGAUAAGUCUUUUAAUGAAAAGGAUCAACUUCAGAAACAUCUUCGCUUACAUACGGGUGAAAAACCAUACAAAUGUAGACAUUGUCCAAAAGCCUUCAACCACAAUGUAUCCCUCAAGUCUCAUGUGAAAAAGUACCACCCUAAUGUAGAGCGUAACGAUGAAUCAAAUGAAUCAAAUUCAAUGGAUGUUAUAAUGAUAGGAUAAAAUUUUUAUGCCCUGAGCAGGUCUUCUUAUUUUAGAUUUUAUUAAGAUAAGAAUAAUAUAAUUGGUAGGUGAUUUUAUGUGUU